CGCACGACUGUAUGUUAUCGUCUUAGACUAAAGGUUUGGAUGAUCUGAUAAUUUAUAUUUUGACCGACCUAGUUAGCUAGGAGAAUAAAAUAUUUGUGAGUUCCAUCCAUUCUUCAAUCUCCACAACAAGAGGUUACAUAUGUACGCCUAUCGUAUGAUAUAAGCAUGCAUUCAUACUUAUUAAUACGAUGAAUCACUAUAAAUUGAUUAUUACUUUUAGAUUAAAUGAAUAUCGGGGUACGAGUUAGAGAAUUAGGGACAUAGGUUCAUCCAUUGGAUGUCAGGAUACGAUAUCAUGCCUCAAGUUCUGGUAAAUUCAUUAACUAAAUAGCAAGACUCGACAGACACACGAAAUACGUAUUUAAUUUAAAUUAUAUUUUUAGUCCCUGGGGUGAAAGAUCGAUCAUAGAAAAUCAUGUGAAAGGAGGCAUCGGAAGGAGAAGGGCUUCAUUCAUGAUUAUAACUUCAUCGAUCUUCCCCUUUUUCUCUCUUUCUCCAACAUUUCAUGUGAAAGGAUGAAAUGCAAACCUUCACAAGCAAUUUUUGUUUUUCCUUCCAAGAGGGAGGAACAUCAUUGGCACGUUGAGUAAAAACCCUAGCAAAAUACCCAUUUCUACGUACAAUUCCAAUAAAAAAAAACAUUAUAUUAUUUCUUCUCAAUUUUUUUCAAUUUUCCCGCUUUUAUAUUUGAAAAUAUAAAUGAGUUGAAAUUAAAUUUUAGAAAACCAAAUAUUUGAUCUGUUUGGGUUGGGUUAUUACUGGAAACAGCAAGUCUGUAGAGUGAAGUGAAAUCACCCACCCGCUGGGUUUCUAUAUAUUCUGAUGCAAAUUUAUGAAAUGCCAUCCUCUUCUUCUCUUUUUCACCCCAUUCCAUCAUCAAUUCCCCCACUCUCCUAUCACUAUUUCACUUCUCAUCUUCCCGUAUUUUUUCUGUGUGUAUUAAAUCAUUCUACACGGUACCCAUGUUGCUCGGUGCGUUAACACGCGCGCGGGCGUCAAACAACUAUAUAAGUCAUAAAAAAAUAUAUAUAACAUAUGAAUGGUUCACACUGUUUAGUAUAAACAGUGCUAACCCACGAGAAACAAAGUCUUCAUGGUCGAUAUAUUACUUAGCUUUGUGCCGCUACGAAUUAUCAAACACCGCGCGAGAUGGUUUCGUAACAGCCUAACCCUAAUGAUCGUGUUGAUAAAUAAACCAAAAUACACCCCCAAUUAGUAUUUGAUGGAUUCUCGAACGUAUAACUUAUACAACAGUAGCGCCGUUGAAGUAAGGCAAAGGCAUGCACACAUAUUGGCAUGAGAUACGUGAGGCCCUUAAAUUCAGAUUUUAAAUGCACCCAAAAAGUUUCACACAAAAACAACCCAAAGAGAAUGAGAAUUGAAUUUCAAAGAAGUACACACAAAUCUAUAUUCUGAAUACUGAUAUUCAACCCUUCAAAAAAAAAAAAAAAUUGUCAAAAAAAAGAAUGAAAAUAAAUAGCCUAUCACUCGCAUGGUUCUAACUUCAAUGCUUCUUCUUGAGAAAAAGUCAGAGUUAAAAUAAGGGAAAGUAAGAAUGUGUAGGAUUUAUGUAGGGCAGUAAAUAAGCAGAUAUAUAGAGGUUAGAUGGUUAGAUAGGAUAGGGGGGAACAUAUAUGUUUGUGAAAUAUAUAUAAUUUGUGUAUAUAUAGAGGUAAUUUUGGUUUUUUACUUUCAGAGGUAAAUUUAAUAUGAGUAAUUAUAUAUAAUUGGUUGACCACUAAUUUUAUCAAUCGAUAAAACUAACAUCAUGCCAUCUUAUAAAAAAAAUAUUUGUCAUAUCUGCUAGAGUUGUCGACACAAGUUUGUGUCGAUGAUUAAGUUAUAUAUGACCCGUUAUUUUAUAGUGAAUGAUUUUUUUCUUUACAUUAAAUAUCAUAUACACACACUCAUAUACUAAGACAUACAUUGAUUUGUAACGAUUCAUCACACUAAUAAUUAUCAUUGUUGACUGCAUGACUAUAUAUCGUAAGUAAGGAGUAUUAGACAUUAAGUUCUUUUAUUCAAACAACAAUAGUAGUAGUAGUAUCAUAUGGGUGAUCACUCUGGUUGGUAGAAAUUACUAGAUCGUUUACUAAACACUCUAUGUGUCCGUUACUAGCACUAUUGAAUGGUCAAUUAACUAAUAGAGAAUCGGGAGGUUGUUUAUGAUAUUGUGAUCCUUAGAUGAACGAUGAGUAGAAAUCUAAAGUCAUAAUAAUCACUCCUCUCUUUCAAUUUUGUUCCCUAGUACAUAUCAUAAAACUUCAAUAAAAUUGGAAAAAUGUAUGUAUUCAUAAAAUUUGUCAGGAAAAUACAGUGAUCUCACACCACCUCAUGGCUGAGUAUCAAACAAACAACUCUUGAUUGAUUAUUUGACUAGACAGCAUGAUUGAUAUGAAUUUUUUUCUUUUCUAUUGUGUUGUAAUUUGCAGAAAGCAAAGCUAGCUACCCUGUUCAUGAUUCUGAGUGUGUGAGGGAGUAGUUGUUGAAUUUGUACUGGAAAAUUAAGAUAGAGAGAGAGAGAGAGAGAGAGAGAGAGAGAGAGGGGGUAGCUUAGGGCAGCAGGCUUAGCUAGCUCCCACUGUGGCCUCUGACACACACAGCAGAGUGUGAGUGUGCUGUGGAGUGUGAGAGUGAGCAGCUAGUGGUGGAAAAUGGCCUUCAAAUUAAUACCCUGCUGCCUGAUAGUGCAAGCAAAGCAAAGCAAAGCAAAGCAACCCCAAACCCAAACCCAAACUCAAAACCCAAACCCAACCCAACACUUCAAUAGACUCAAACCAACCAAAGAACCACCCUUUUCUCUUCAUUCCACUUAAGAAUGUAAUUAGCCCUAAUUAAUAGCAGUGGUCAAGGAAACCAAGAGAUCAGCUUCAGAAAGCACCAAUUUUUUUUUCCAGCUACCAUAAAACACUUGAUGUUGUGGUGUAUUAGUAAAUACUAAAUAGUAACAAUUUUGCCCUCAAGGCUUUACCUUUUUUGGCCUUAUCUUCUCUCUCUCUCUCUCUCUCUCUCUCUUGUGGGCAUUCAACACUAGUGCUGUAAGCUGUUUUUAAGUGUGUGGGUUUAUCUCCAUUCAGUAACCCUCCAAAAACUCUCCUUCUCCAACUUCCUCCCUCCCUCCCUCCUCAAUCCUUCACCAUCUCCUCCUCUUCUUCCUCCUUCACAAACAGCAAACCAGAGAGAGUGAGUCCACUGCAGCCAUUACUAUGGUUCCCUUCUAGCUUAGCUAGCUCCAUAGCUUCUUAUAUAUACACAUAUAGAGAAGCUUUGUGUGGCCUUUUUUUGAGUGCUUUUUUGACUCCACCCCCUUUUCCCCCCUUCCAUUCUUUACUACAGUGUCAGAAAAACAUAUCUGCACUAUAGUCAGAGGCUGCUAGAACAAGAAGAAGAAGAAGAAGAUGGGAGCAUUAAUGGUGUUGUUUUGUUCUGGUGGGAAAAUAGCUGCUGCAACCUAGCUCCUUUCUUCUCCCACCUUUGGUUUGCUCUCAUUCUCCUUCUUUUCACUUUCUCACUUGUCCACCUUCAAGUGGGUUUUUUUAGUAGUAUAGUAGUUGCAAUUUCUUGGACCUUUUUGGCUAGCUUGGUCAAGAUUUACAUCAAUGGCUGAUAUCUAGCUAUAGUGGGUGACUGACUGUUCCUCUCCUCAGCAAUGAUCCUGUUCUUCUUCAUCAUUUGAAUCCUUUUUUUUCAUAUUAGGGGGAUUUUUUUUUUUGUGGGUUUAAUUAAUAUUUCCUUUUUCUUGGGGUCUAGCCUGUCCCUUUUCUCCCCAUCUUCCAUUUUGGUUGAUACCAAAUCUAGAGACAGCAAAUUCACAAACAACAACAACAACAACAAAUGGAGGUGUCAAGUAAUGAAGAUCAAGACAUCCCUAUCCCCAUCAACACCUCCUACGGCCACUUCAUCCACCACCACCACCAUCUCAAUCCACCACCCGCCGCCGCCGCCACCGUCCCUCCCAUCUCCACCGCCCCACCGCCGCCACCAGCCACCGCCGUGAGCCACAACAACGGCACCAACAACAACACCACCACCGCACUCACCAUACUCCUCGACGACCACCAACAAAAGAAGAGAGGCGGCGGCAGCAACGUGAGGUACAGAGAGUGCCUGAAGAACCAUGCAGCCUCGAUGGGCGGGACGGCCACCGACGGCUGCGGCGAGUUCAUGCCCAGCGGCGACGAAGGCACCAUCGAAGCCCUCACCUGCUCCGCCUGCACCUGCCACCGCAACUUCCACCGCAAAGAACAACUCGACCUCCUCCCCCUCCAUCACCACCACCACGGCAGAAUCGUCACCAACAACCACCACCACAAUAACAACAACAACAAGGCUCAGCCGCCGCUCCUCCUCGGCCACCCGCAACACCACCACCACCACACGCCGCCGCCUCCCUUGCCGCACCACCACCACAUGCUCAUGUCCUACAACAUGGCCGCGGCCGCGGCAGCAGUAGGAGGAGGAUCGCUGUCGCAAUCGGACGACCACGACGGAGGAGUGCUGCAAGAAGUCGACGAUGACGGUAGGAUGGCGAUGACUCCCGGUUCUGCCGCCGCAGCGGCGACCAGUCAUCAUCGCCAUUACAACAACGGCGGCGGCCAGGGGACGGGGACGGGGAAGAAGAGGUUCAGGACGAAGUUCAGCGGGGAGCAGAAGGAGAAGAUGCUGGCGUUCGCGGAGAGCGUCGGGUGGAGGAUCCAGAAGCAAGAGGAGAGCGUGGUGCAGAGGUUCUGCCAGGAGAUCGGCGUCAAGCGGCGGGUGCUCAAAGUGUGGAUGCACAACAACAAGCACCACCACGCCUCCGGUCAACAACACGCUGCUUCUUCUUCUGCCGGCGGCGGCGGCGGUGAGGCGCCUGUCAUUGCCGCCGCUACUACGUCUAUCAUUCACCCGCCGCCUUCAACGGCUGCUUGAUUAAUUAUUUAGUUGGUUAGUUAUUAUCGUUGGUAUUAUUGCAGCUAUAAUCACGGGAUUAAUUAAGCUUUACGAUUUACGAGCCUGCAUGAUGAUGAUGAUGAGGUUGUUAAGGUUAAGUACGUACGUAUGUACGGGUUAGUUAAUUAGUAGAUAACUAAUGAUGAUGAUGGUGGUGAUUAUGUUACUCACUCCUGUUCCAUGCUAUUUUAUGAGUUUCUGGUAAUUUUAAUUAUUACUGUGGUUGAUUAAUUAUUGUUUGGUCAUUAAUAAUCACUUUCUACGAUGGAGUUCAUCUGUAGUCAUGAGUGGUGUUAUAAAUACAGUAUGUUACGUGACGUACACAUCAGUUUGCGAGGUUCGAGGGCAAGAGAUAAAAUAGAUGUACAAGCUGGCUGCUUUACGUGUAUGUGUAAGCAAAGAGUACAAACAAUUCUGUUUUUUUUGGGUAAAUAUUUGAGACAUGGGGUAUAUAUAUAAUAAUUAUAUGUCGAUGAAAGAAUAUUACCUUUUUGUUUUGUUGUUGUUACUUCUUGAUUGCAUUCUCUUUUACUGUUUUUUUUUUUGUGUGUGUGGGAUUGAUUCUCUUUAUAUUCCUUGGUAUACUAUGUGGUUGUUUGGAAGUUGCGAUUGUUAAAUAGAUGUAUUGUUGAGAAUGCAUGUAUAAUAUUAUACAUGUAUUGUCGAAUUUGAUGCAUUCUAUAAUACAACGUUUGGUAUGUGUGAUUGUGUAUGUCGCAUCAGCUAAAAACUGAGACAAAACAAUCUCAACUCAACUAUCUCAACAAUCACAACUAAAAGUUGAGAUAUAACAAUCACUCAAAAUGAGUGAUAGUUUCUGUCACAUCACAAAACUGCUAAAAAAAUAAAAAAAAAAUGAUGCAUUGUAAACAAUACAUGCAUAAUGACAAUCUCAACAAAACUAUCGCAACUUCCAAACGACCCCAUAUAAAAAUCUUAAAAGUACGUAAAUAAUUUGAAUAUAAGUGACUUCUAAACUAAAAACCAGUCUAAAUGAUAAAAAUUACUAGACCAGAUUCAUAUUAGCUCCUUUUACAAUUUUACUAUAUAUCAGUGUAUACAUGCGUCACUUGUAAGUAAUUAAAUUAAGUAACCAAUUGCUCUAAAAUAGACGGAUUUAUUAGGUAUUUUUUGGUGUGCAUUUUCUUACUAUUAUAUUAAAUUUUUAUAUUACUUUAGUAAAAUUAAAAUAUACAUCAAAAGUAACUAAUAAUUUCUUGAUAAUUGAUUUUCAAAUUACACGAUAUCUGAAAUUUCAUUUUUUUCCUUCUUUUUCACUUUGGGGACAUAUAUUAAUAUCAUGAUAUUGAAGCCGCCAUGUAAUUCCCGAAUUCAUACUACUAUAUGAUCUCCCAAUGCUUUGGGUUUACCCAAAUUAUAUAAAAUUCCAUGUCAAAUUAUAUGGAUCCCCUUAUCAUGCCCUCAUGCAAACCAAACAAUGAAUCCGAAUAUUAAGUGAAUUCUUACACCUCAACCUACAAUACACAAGAGUUCUUCAAAUGCAUGAAUUCAACAUUACGUGUUUAACAAACAACCCCUAAGGUAACACGGGAAAGUUCGAAACAACUCCGGCCGGCCGGCCGGCCGUUAGAAGGAAGAAAUUCCGACGACACGGCGGCGUCAUUUUUUGAUAUAUGAAAGAUGGACGGCAAAGAGUAAAUGCAUCUCCUAAUCUCGGGCCCUGAUUUUGGUGCUAGGGGUUUGGAGACCAAAAGUGUCGACCCAAAAGCUAAGUCAGCAGCCUCCAUGGCCAGGUUCAAACUUCAACGACCAUGCAACAAGCUAGCUGCCUAGCUUCAUAUCUUCUUGACCUCUCAACAAUUCGAGUUAUUGGUACUAACUGGUUUAGGAUAAAGUUCAUGGUAUAUAUGUAAAUUAUCAGGGGACAACUCUUCAGAUAAAUUACAUCAAAGAUG